AUGCCUGCCCGGGAAACACAGCCCGUCCAUCUCCACGUCCCUGAAGCUACUCCGCUCCACGUCCGUAUGAAGAGAAGCCCCAGCACAAAGCAACAGAUCAAGACAUUUGAUGGAAACAAAUCCAAAGCUCCUCCAUGGAUUCCUCCUGGAAAAACUUCAACUCGACAUAAUCUCGACUCGGUUUAUGACAGCCAGAGAAGCCGAUCUCUGCUGCGCUCAGGCUCCGCAUUUAAGGACAGAAGUGAAGUGGAAGAGGAUGGAGAGGCGGCUCCUGUCUCCAGAAGUCUGGCUGUUUUACUCAAAGAAGAAAAAGAAACCAAUCGCAGAAGCUCAAGAAGAUCUGAAUGUGGAAGUCAGUUCAGAGAUACAGACGAGCUGCUCAGAACUCUGGUGGAGGCGGACAUCGAUGGAGCCGCUGUGACCAAUCAGCUCUCGGCUCUGAGAGAAACUGUGGCCGAACUUUCAAAGGUGAAGCGUUUAAGUAAAAUGCACACAACUUCUCUGGAUCGACAGCGGGAUUUGCUGCUGGAGAAGGUGGAGAUGUUUGCAAGCACCAGCCACGGCCUCAGAGCGCUGCUGCGGGAGUGGACCGAGCAAGAGAGGGAGUCCCUGCUGUGGUCAGAGCAGAGAGACGCGCUGAAGAAAAGGCUCACGGACUGUGAAGCAGAGAACAUUAGACUUUCUGCCAAACUAUCUAACAAAGAGAGAGAAGCAUCCAAGCUGGCUCAGACUUUGGACUUGGAGAAGGAAAAUACCCAGACGUCAGAAGAGCUGUCUAAACUCCUGGAGUCAACUCGUUUACAUUUGGAAACUAAACUGGACCGAGCUCAGACUGAAAAUGCACUGCUCACUUCUGAAAUCCAGAGGAUGCAGCAGACCCAGGACCAGAUGCGGCUGGAGAUGCGUUCGCUGACUGAGGAGCUGUGGGCUGUGAGGCGUUCAAGGGACAAUGAGGAGCGGGAAAGAAGAGAGCAGGAGACUGAGCGAGCGGAGAGAGCAGAAGAGGAGACGAGGAGGCUCUCAGAGAAGCUGCAUCAAAAGGAGUUGCAGUUGACGCAGGCCCUGUCUUCCUCCAGCGAGUGGUGCGUGCGACACAAGAACGAAGCGACCGCCAAAGAGCAGCUGGAGCAGGAAAUCCCGGCUCUCAAACGUCGUGUUGCUGAACUGAUCGAGCAGCUGCACUUGUCUGAAGAGCAAAGUCUGAGCGAGAGAGAGGAGCUCCGAGCCAAGUUUAAAGACGCCACUGAACAGAAAGGGAGUUUGAUCGCAGAGAACCACAAACUCAAGCAUGAUGUGUCUGAAGCAGAGAAGCGACUCACUGAUCUGCAAACUGAGGCUCGGGGACUAAAAUCUCUGCUCCGAAAACACGAGAACCAGGCAGAGAAAUACAAAAAGAAGCUGCAGGAGAGCCGCGAGGAGUCGGAGCGGUUUAUCCAGCGCCUGGAGCAGAGCGAGGCCCUGAGCCGGGAGCUCAAAGUGCAGCUGAGUCUGGAGAAGGAGGAGCAGACACGACACCUCCACAGCCGCCUGUCACAGCUCCAGGACCUCCCCCAGAGAGUGAGGGAGACGGAGCAGCGGCUGAAGGAGGCCCAGCACAACGCUGAGACCUACGAGAGAAGGAGCAGCGAGCACACGGCUACGCUAGCACAGCUGCGGCUCAAGGUGGAGCAGCAGGGGGCGCAGUUGGACCUGGCUCAGCAGAGAAACACACUUCUUCAGGACGAGAACAACACUCUCCACAAGAAAGUGCAGACUUUAGAGCGUAAGUUGGAGGAUCUGCAGUCAGAGUCCACGUCACAGUCCCAGGUCUUGGUCCUAAAGGAGGGUCAGCUGAUGAAACUGGAGAAAGAGCUGGAGGAGCGCACUUUGGAGGUUUCUCUGCUGAACUCCAGGCUCCAGCAGAGCUUACAGGACGCCAAGAGGCAGACUGAGGAGGAACUGCAACUGCUGCUGUCCAAAGAGCGGACAUCCCAGUCCAGGGCCUUGGAUCUACAGAGUGAACUGAGCCGAGCCAAGACCGAGCUCAGUCUGCAGCAGCGGAGCAGACAGGAGAUGGAGCGCAGGUUCCAGGGGCAGCUCCAGAACCUGAAAGACCGACUGGAGCAGAGCGACUCCACCAACAGAGCUCUGCAGAACUAUGUGCAUUUCCUCAAAAGCUCCUACGGAAACGUGUUUGGAGACUCUUUGACAAAGUCGGAGAGCGCCGUCACGUUGGUUGAGGCAGAGUCGGAGAGCGCCGUCACGUUGGUUGAGGCAGAGUCGGAGAGCGCCGUCACGUUGGUUGAGGCAGAGUCGGAGAGCGCCGUCACGUUGGUUGAGGCAGAGUCGGAGAGCGCCGUCACGUUGGUUGAGGCAGAGUCGGAGAGCGCCGUCACGUUGGUUGAGGCAGAGUCGGAGAGCGCCGUCACGUUGAGUCGCGAGAGCGCCGUCACGUUGGUUGAGGCAGAGUCGGAGAGCGCCGUCACGUUGGUUGAGGCAGAGUCGGAGAGCGCCGUCACGUUGGUUGAGGCAGAGUCGGAGAGCGCCGUCACGUUGGUUGAGGCAGAGUCGGAGAGCGCCGUCACGUUGGUUGAGGCAGAGUCGGAGAGCGCCGUCACGUUGAGUCGGAGAGCGCCGUCACGUUGGUUGAGGCAGAGUCGGAGAGCGCCGUCACGUUGGUUGGAGGCAGAGUCGGAGAGCGCCGUCACGUUGGUUGAGGCAGAGUCGGAGAGCGCCGUCACGUUGGUUGAGGCAGAGUCGGAGAGCGCCGUCACGUUGGUUGAGGCAGAGUCGGAGAGCGCCGUCACGUUGGUUGAGGCAGAGUCGGAGAGCGCCGUCACGUUGGUUGAGGCAGAGUCGGAGAGCGCCGUCACGUUGGUUGAGGCAGAGUCGGAGAGCGCCGUCACGUUGGUUGAGGCAGAGUCGGAGAGCGCCGUCACGUUGGUUGAGGCAGAGUCGGAGAGCGCCGUCACGUUGGUUGAGGCAGAGUCGGAGAGCGCCGUCACGUUGGUUGAGGCAGAGUCGGAGAGCGCCGUCACGUUGGUUGAGGCAGAGUCGGAGAGCGCCGUCACGUUGGUUGAGGCAGAGUCGGAGAGCGCCGUCACGUUGGUUGAGGCAGAGUCGGAGAGCGCCGUCACGUUGGUUGAGGCAGAGUCGGAGAGCGCCGUCACGUUGGUUGAGGCCGAGUCGGAGAGCGCCGUCACGUUGGUUGAGGCGAGUCGGAGAGCGCCGUCACGUUGGUUGAGGCGAGUCGGCGCACGUGGCGAGUCGGAGAGCGCCGUCACGUUGGUUGAGGCCGAGUCGGAGAGCGCCGUCACGUUGGUUGAGGCGAGUCGGAGAGCGCCGUCACGUUGGUUGAGGCGAGUCGAGAGCGCCGUCACGUUGGUUGAGGCCGAGUCGGAGAGCGCCGUCACGUUGGUUGAGGCCGAGUCGGAGAGCGCGUCACGUUGGUUGAGCGAGUCGGAGAGCGCCGUCACGUUGGUUGAGGCCGAGUCGGAGAGCGCCGUCACGUUGGUUGAGGCCGAGUCGGAGAGCGCCGUCACGUUGGUUGAGGCCGAGUCGGAGAGCGCCGUCACGUUGGUUGAGGCCGAGUCGGAGAGCGCCGUCACGUUGUCGGAGAGCGCCGUCACGUUGGUUGAGGAGUCGGAGAGCGCCGUCACGUUGGUUGAGGCCGAGUCGGAGAGCGCCGUCACGUUGGUUGAGGCCGAGUCGGAGAGCGCCGUCACGUUGGUUGAGGCCGAGUCGGAGAGCGCCGUCACGUUGGUUGAGGCCGAGUCGGAGAGCGCCGUCACGUUGGUUGAGGCCGAGUCGGAGAGCGCCGUCACGUUGGUUGAGGCCGAGUCGGAGAGCGCCGUCACGUUGGUUGAGGCCGAGUCGGAGAGCGCCGUCACGUUGGUUGAGGCCGAGUCGGAGAGCGCCGUCACGUUGGUUGAGGCCGAGUCGGAGAGCGCCGUCACGUUGGUUGAGGCCGAGUCGGAGAGCGCCGUCACGUUGGUUGAGGCGAGUCGGAGAGCGCCGUCACGUUGGUUGAGCGAGUCGGAGAGCGCCGUCACGUUGGUUGAGGCCGAGUCGGAGAGCGCCGUCACGUUGGUUGAGGCCGAGUCGGAGAGCGCCGUCACGUUGGUUGAGGCCGAGUCGGAGAGCGCCGUCACGUUGGUUGAGGCCGAGUCGGAGAGCGCCGUCACGUUGGUUGAGGCCGAGUCGGAGAGCGCCGUCACGUUGGUUGAGGCCGAGUCGGAGAGCGCCGUCACGUUGGUUGAGGCCGAGUCGGAGAGCGCCGUCACGUUGGUUGAGGCCAAGUCGGAGAGCGCCGUCACGUUGGUUGAGGCCAAGUCGGAGAGCGCAGUCACGUUCUUUGUGGACUGGGCGGCAUGGUCAGAGUGCGCCGUCACGUUGGUGGAGGCAGAGUCGGAGAGCGCCGUCAUGUUGGUGGAGGCCGAGUCUGAGAGCGCCGUCAUGUUCUCAGAGACAAAACAGUGA